UCCUCCAGUGUUUUUCAUCUCCAGCUCAGCCACGCUUCAUUUAGACAGCACACAGACACCCUGCAGGGGCCACACGUCACCCUCAUGGGGAACCAGAAGAAUCCCUGGAUCUCUGCUCUGGUCUUGGUGGGUCUUCUACAGAAAGUUAGUGGACUAUCCAAUACCCAGGUCUGUAACCCAGGUUUGAGUGAAACUAUACACAGCUAUGGUGCGAAAACCAUAAAUGGGACCCAGUACAUCCCAUUCUCCCAGUAUGCUGGGAAGUAUGUCCUCAUUGUCAAUGUGGCCACCUACUGAGGACUAACCUUCCAGUAUGUGGAACUGAAUGCACUACAAGAGGAGCUCCGAGAUUAUGGAUUCAUCAUUCUCGGCUUUCCUUGCAACCAAUUUGGGAUGCAAGAGCCUGGAAAAAAUUAUGAAAUUCUUCCUGGAUUAAAAUAUAUCCGUCCAGGCAAAGGAUACGUUCCAAAUUUCCAGUUAUUUGAGAAGCUGGAUGUGAAUGGAGUCAAUGAACAUGCCCUUUUCAAAUUUUUAAAGAAUGCUUGCCCACCUGUGGGAGACAGCUUUGGUAACCCCACCAACAGAUUGUUUUGGGAACCUCUCAAAGUCAAUGACAUCAAGUGGAACUUUGAGAAGUUUCUGGUGGGGCCAGAUGGCAGACCUGUAAUGAGGUGGUUUCCCAGAGUGAACAUAUCUGAAAUUAGGGAAGACAUCUUGAAAUACUUCCGUCAGCUUGUUCAGAGGGCUGAAUAACUUUGAAACAGUGGAUUUAACUGUGCAUUCAUCCUUCUCUCCAGUAUAAAUUGUGUUAAACUAAUUACCACAGGGUUUCUGCAGGUUUUAUAAAGGGAAAUUUAAGACUUAAGACCAUUUUAAAAACAGCUGAAGUCCGUAUAAAGCAAUAGAUGUGUUCUGAGUUUAUCUCACAACAGAAAAAUGUUAAUAACCAAACUAGCCAAAUGUGAAUGUUAAAAUACGCGAAAUAACGGACCUUUCUCCCAUUUCCGGGUUUCUCAUAGCGGAAGGCGCCACAGUUGAAUGGGAGAGUACCACAAAUAUAUUUUUUUGCAUUCCCAUUUGCUCAAAUAACAAAAUAAAAAACUACAGGAUAGUCUUUUCACGACUUUCAUUCAAAGGAAAAAAAUUGAGAGAGAUAUUGGCAGUCAGAAGAGAGAUCAAUGUAAAAUUUACCCUCCCACCAAUAGACGCGGCAUUAGAAACACCCUCGCAUAGUGUUAACUAAUUUUUUAGUAACUUGAUGAAAAGGUGGUAUAAUAUAAAUACAGUGUUAUAAAUGCACAUACAUAUUUUUAAAAAUCAAAAUAUAAAAAAGCUUAAAGGAUUUAUGAUGAUGAUGACCGUUAAAACGCGUCAUCACAGGCUUGUAAAAAGGGUCCAUAAUGCGAAUUUUACCAAGAAAUGUGUAUUUUACCGCCCCCGGAAAGCGAUUUUUACCUGGGGACCCCUCCGAAACACGAUUGGGCUAGAUUUAGACUAGGUUUGAGUAACAAUUGGGUGGGUUUUGCUGUGAAAACCUGGCAACCCAGGAUUUCAGGUCGCCCAAAGAAUUCUGAAAACAAAACUGGUGAAAAACUGUUGAACAAUCUAACUCCACCAUUCAAUACUACGUAAUGUAUUUUAGCAAUACAUUGCUAACAUUUAUAAUGUGUUUAGAAACUAUCUUAACUGCCUUUACACUGAAAUGUAAGGAAUAAAUUGAAGGAAACGCAAUACGUCUAUAUGUUCUCUAAAUCUUAAUGUCUAGGGAGCCUCACCAUUUCGUUUUGCCAGUGCAAAUGUCAAAAUGUUUAAGCAUAAACUCAUUCAAUUUUGUUCAGUUUCUCAGAAAACAAGACUUCACAUCUUAAGUAUAUGUAUCUUGAUUUAAUGGAGCACUUAAUGCCAUUACUUUAUUUAAAGCUUUCCGCUCUGAUUUCAGACCUUCUAAGGCCUUAAUUUGUGGAAGGGUGAAUUAAAGACUUUAAGACCUGCAGAAACCCUAUAUACAUGUGGCAAAGUUAAAAAAUGUAAACCUUUGUGAAUUGGAUUAUUGUUACAAGACAGUAUGAAAUUGAAGUAAAAGGAUUCUCAGACUGCUCCUUUCAGAGGCAGUCAAGGGGUCUGUUUGGAGACUGGCAUGUUGAUGACGGAAAGGCUUGAAAACAGAGACUCUGUGGUGCCUGACCUGAGGCCGAGGGACAGUGAGCAGCUUUUUAGUGCAUUCAGGCUGCUCCGCUGUGUCUUUUCGGUCAUGUCUCAUCUCCUAAACUAUCCUUUGAACUUGUUGCCGCCUCUGCGGAUGUUCAGUAAAUAAAUGCAAGAAACAAAG